AUGGUGUGCGAAUUCGAACUUAGCAAAGCUACUGAGAUCAAUGCCUCUCCGUCUGUUGUUCGUGAUGCCCUUUUAAACUUCUCAGACUUGCCAAAUUGGAGUCAGUUUAUCAAGUCAAUCGAGGUCACAAAUGCCCCUGAAUCAAAUACCGACGCCAAGCCAGAUAAAGGUCCAUUGGUGGGGAGUGGAUUAAAAGUAGAGAUCACUGGGAUGACUUUCUAUCCUGUUGUGGUGAGCAACACUCCCGAAAAAUUCUCAUGGCAUGGGAAGCUCUUAGGUGAUUGGUUCUUUGGCGGUACUCAUUUCUUUAAGUUUGAAGAAUUGCCAGAAGGUAAAUGUAAACUUACCCACGGUGAAUCCUUUAAAGGUGUUUUGUUUCCAUUGUACAAUAAACUUAAAGGUGCUGAAUUGUCAAAUGCAUUCGGGUUAUUCAAUGAUGCUAUCAAGAAAAAGGUUGAAGCAGACCAGUGA